AUGCUGAAGGCUCUGCGAAGCCCAGUCAUCGAUCUAGCAGUGCCCGAGUGCGUGGACAGUGAGGACGCAGACCCCAAGCUCGUCAUCGUCGGCGACACGCACGGUCAGCUGGCCGACGUUCUCCACAUCUUCCAGGAGCACGGCACCCCCAGCCCGACGCGCCUCUACCUGUUCAACGGGGACAUCACCGACCGUGGCCCAGAGUCCGUGGAGAUAUGGAUGCUGGUGCUCGCCUUCAAGAUCCGGUACCCCCAGCACGUGCACGUGCUGAGAGGGAACCACGAGAACGAGAAGCUGAACACCAGGCCGGUGAAGUGGGGCGGCGGCUUCAGCGACGAGUGCAACAAGAAGUACCCGCCCCACAUCUUCGGCAUCUUUAACCGGCUGUUCACGCUGCUGCCUGUCUUCGCGGUGGUGCAAGGAGAUAUCUUCGUGGUGCACGCCGGCCUCUUCAGGAGCCCCGGCGUCACCCUGGAGCAGCUGCGCUCCCUGCCCUACCGGGAGCACUACCCCGAUCCGCCGCAGGCCAACAAGUCAGGGAAGAUGACGCGGGGGCCCUGGUCGGACGACGAGAGCGUGCUGUUCGACGCGCAGUGGGCCGACCCCCAGGCGAAGCCUGGCAUUGGCACCUCGAAGCGGGGCAAGUGCGUCAUAGCCUUCGGCCCCGACGUCACGCAUCAGUUCCUGGAGGCCAACGGCCUCUCCCUCGUCAUCCGCUCGCACGAGGUCCCCAGGUCGCGGCGUGGCUUCGAGCUCACCCACAACGACAAGCUGAUGACCGUCUUCAGCGCCUCCAACUACGGGGGGCUGAUGGGCAACCACGGGGCGGUCGCCGUGAUUCGGAGCGGCCCGCCGCCGCCGCACGCGCCCAGGGGCCCGGUCGCUGUGGAGCUGCCCAGAGGUUUGAGCGUCCAGUGCGUGGAGCACAGCCCCGACCAGCUCAAGGACGAGGCCGGGGCGGGCGUGAGGCAGGCGCGCUCCGCGAAGAAGGUCCUGCGGGAGUUCCAGGGCGCCCCCCUCGGCAGUCGAGGCUGCGCCAGCGAGGCGGCGAACGAAGUGGUGCGCCACGCGCUUGGCCUCGUCAACCUGGAGCGCGACGAGUUGGAGCUGCGCUGCAACGCUCUGGACGUCCACAACCAGGGCCACCUGGGCUUCAAUGCGAUUGUGGAGGAGCUGGAGCAGGCGGUGUGCGCGGAGUUCGACUGGGGCGCAUUGCUGCGCAGCGCGGGGAAGUUCGGCGAGCGGGUGCAGUACCGCAACCUGCUCGCUGCCAUCAAGGUCCAGUGGUGCGCCCUCGGCCAGGGGCAGACAGCGGCUCUCGCGGAGGCGAUGUUGCGCGCGGAGCUCGACCUGGACUCACUGCGUGAUCUGUUCGAUUACAGCAGAGACGGCCAGGUGUCCCCCGCGGAGCUGCGCAGGUCGCUCGGCCUGCUGCUGCCAAACCUGUCCAGCGAGCAGGUCCGCCACGUGCAGCGCCUGAUCGGCCACAGCGCCUUUUCGCUCAGCCAGCUGAUGGAGCGCCUGCUGCAGUUCCUUCCGCCGCUGGCGCUGGAGGAGGAGUGGAUGGGCAGCGCGCUGGCGCACCUCGGCCAGGUCAUCCAGAGGUGGGCCGGCGACGGGGUGGCCCUGCACGCCGCCCUGCUGCAGUUCUACACCGUCUUCGACGAGGACCUCCCGCCGCCCCGCGCGCCGCCCGCGCCCGGUGUCGCGGCCCUCCUCGAGCUCCUCCUCCUCGACCUCCUCCCCCUCGACCUCGCCGCCGCCAGCUGCAACUGA